AUGAUUUUUAGAGCGGGAGAUUUCGAAAAAAAGAUCAACACAACAUCUGCCAUUCUUUGUAUUUAUUCGUCAAUGAGUAACGCCAACAACGCGGCUAACAUAGCUGCCUUAGCGGCGUUUAAUGCAGGAAAGAAAAAGGAUGUUGGAAACGCAGCUACAACGACUUCACGAUUGAGUGGUUCUCAAAGCCAGAAUAAAUCUCAAACACAUAUGCAACAGCCACAGCCGAAGAGAAACACCACACAGAAAAACAUCACCACAAAGAAGCCAGAAAAUACCUCCACAGAUGCAUCAUCACAAGCGUCACUUCAACCUGCGUACUCUCCCAUUCAAAGACCACAGAGUCACGAUUUUGCAUUGGACAAUAAAGAUAGAGCUAGUAGUGGUCACCAUAUGCCAGACUACUUUACGCAAACACCACGCCAAGUCUCACGAAGACAUUCAGCUAAGCUGCCUCACUAUCUGCCUAUGUUACUGCCACAAUCACCAAGAGAUAUGAUUAGUAGUGUAAGAAGUUCGAUAGACUCCAAAGCUAUCAACAACGAUGCCAAUUCUAAGCGAUUGUCACUCGAUUAUUCACCACAGGAGAUGUUGAAGACCCUUAAGGAAUCGCUUAAUAGAAAAUCACAGGCGCAGAAUAUUCCCAAGAUGAUGGAUGCAAGAGGUCAAACCAUACUUGAUGGAGUUCGAGAACGAAUCGAUGAUAAUAUGAAGGAAACGUCGCAUAAUUUGGCCAAUCUCAGUUUAAAGCAGUAUGAAUGGCUGAAAUCACAUUCAGAUGCAGAAUUGGGUAAUACUCGUGGUGUAAAUGACUCUCAAUCAUCAUUUGAGACAUGUAUGACUGAUGUGGAUCCAAGAAUGAACUUGAAACGCCAACUGACACCAAACAAUGCACACGGAGUGAGGAUAGACGUGACUGAUCAUGAUGCAGAAGUGAGCAAAGGACAAAGUGAAACAAAUGAUGCGGCUAUAAGAGUGCCUGUGCCAGCACCUGAAUCUGAUGCUUUGUCUGUGGCAGACACUUUUCACCUGCCGCUGACGAAUAAAGGUGCACGGAGAAAACCACCCCCUCCAUCCGAUGAAGAGCUGGAUACAAUAGCUCGACAUACUACUUCUGAUACUGAUAACAAUGAUGACAUGCACUUUAAUCUGAGUGAUGGACUUUCUGGUGAUGAAUUGAGGAAGCAAAUGCAAUUGAAUGGCGUGUCAAUGGAUACUUUUUCUAGUGGGGAAGUGAUGAUUCCGCCAGAUGAUAUGGCGUCCUUCACUGAUAAUGAGGAAUCGGACCCCCCACGGGAAAUUAAAGUAAAGGAUACAAAAUUUCCUCAAUUUCCCGAUGUAAGGAAGCAUCAUCAACAUUUAUUUGGUAUGAGACGCCAUAGGUUGAAAGAGGGUGACAAGUACCACCGAUAUGAUUCUGGUGCCAACUCUGAUGAUGAGUUGCUGGAAUCGUCCAGUCAGCUCACAGCAGCUGCGCCACUUCCACAACAACAAAUACAAGUUCAAGGACAUGCCAACACAUCCAAAGGAAGUCUGCAACCAGUAAAAUUCAAAGCCACAAUGAGAAAGACAAACAAGCGUAAAGAUCGGAAAACUAAAUUUGAUGAAUUAAAGCCAUGGAAGACACAUGAUGAGUUGAAUUUUCCAACUGAGCAUGAACGAAAAAGAUAUGAAGGUGUUUGGGUGAGUAAUAAGGGGUUGUACAUGAAUCUAGUCGUGACAAGGUUGACCGGUGUUGAUUAUGACAGAGUUGAUGGAGAAAAACCAACUGCUGAACAUGAUGAUUCAAUGAAGGCAGCUUUGAUAUCAACUAACGUUAUUCAACCAGAUGCAAAAGAUGACGGGAGUGAUAAAAAUGAUUCCAAAAAGGGUUCGCUUGAAGAUGAAGCUCCACUAUCCAAAGCCGAAGAAGCAGCAAAUAAAUUACACAGUUUGGAAAAUGCUGACCCAAACCAAUUGAUUCUUAGUGCAGUUGUGAAAAGAAUAUGGAAUCGAAGUAGGUUACCUAGUGAUAUUUUGGAACAAAUUUGGAAUUUGGUUGAUUUCCGUCGUGAUGGAUCAUUAAACAAGAAUGAGUUUCUUGUUGGUAUGUGGCUUGUUGAUCAGUGUCUAUAUGGACGUAAAUUACCCAAAAAAGUUGAGUCUAUUGUUUGGGAUAGUCUUGGUGGAAUUGGAGUGAAUGUGAAUUUGAAUUCGAGAAGGUGGAAGUAG